AAUUCAUGCAAUCAUGCUCCUAUGUCGGUGACUCUUUCGUGUGUGUUGGUGUUGCGUUAAUAAAAAAGUGUAAAUACUUAAGAAAAUUUAAGAGUUGACAAAGCAAAAAAGUCACUACGGGCCGUGCGUUAACGUUAACCGAACAAUGCAAAAUCAAAUAUGUUUUCCACUGCAUACCGGAAAAUAAACAAAAACAAGAAGCAUAAAGUAUGCAGAAAAUUAAAUACAAAAGAAGCAUUUAAGUGUUGCGUGUGAGAGAAAGAAAAAGCAUAAAGAAAUUAAGAAAGCUAGAAAAUUACCGUUGUGCUCGUCGUCAUACAAAGUUUUUGUUUAAAUAACCAAAUAAAAAAUCUUCGUUGCAUUUAAAUAAAAAAUAAAAAAAACUGGUAAAAAAUCAAACUAAUCCAAAGCCGCAGACAGUGAAAAAACCAAGCUUGACCAGCAAAUGCAACAUUUAAUAAUUAAUUAAAAUACUUAUAUAUAUACAAACAAGCAGAUAUAACCAACUACACACGUUCCUUAAAACUAAUGUUUUCCAACCGCAACUAAAUCAAACGAUAACGAUUAAAGAAAAAAACGACACGUCGUGAAGCAACGGAAACAUCACCUCAUAAAGCAUAACCACAUAGGAAUAUUACAUACAUACAUACUACUUCACAUAUAUAUAUACCUAUAUAUAUCCAAAAACGACACCGAUUUAAAAAAAACUGCAGGGAACCAAUACGAAAAAAAACCAGAAAAGCAAAAAUCUUUUUUUUAUUAUUAUUUAGUGCUAGUACAUAAAACGACCACAGAUUUAUUUGAUUAACAAGAAGAAUAUCAAGAAAAGCAGAACGUUUGGAUUUAUCUCGUCAUAAAGUGCAUCGUCGUCUACAAAUUGCAAUUAGGUUUAUUCAUAAAUGUCUCUCAACAACACACAGCCGAUAGCUUAAUGCGUGUUUAUGAACAGCCGGAAUACAACGCAAAUCAGUUGAAGUCGUCGUGCUCGAUGUGGUCAUCGUAUUUGUACUCGUCAUUGUCAGAGAGAUGCGCCAAAGUCUGUUUAGGAAGAUAGUCAACUGAGUACUGAGUACUACAAACGGAACAGAAUAAACCCCCGCACAACCCACACACACACACACAGACGCACGCAGACAAACACACACCGCACGCAAACAAGAGAAUCCUUUGAAGGAAGCAAGCAAUAGCCAAAGAGAGCCUGAGUGUCGUAGAGAACAGCGAGCAACGCCAAAGUACAAAUGCUCACGAGCAACUGAGUAAAUCGAAAUUAAAAACAAAUACAUUCAACAAUUGAUGUAGCACAAACUUAGAGAGCAACAAAACACUAAACGGGAUCUAAGCAACUUUCGGCUAAAACAAAACAACUUGAGAAACAGCAACACCAAAUAACAAUUAACUUGAAGUAAGUGGGGGGGAAGAAAACUACUUUACUAUACAAAACAGGAUAAGCCCUACAAUCCAACUGAAAGAUUUACGCACGUCACGGAGCGUGGUAAAGGUUCGGCAGAACGCGUAAGCGUCCUUUAAUCCAGUUAGCAUGGAGUGCUGUUUAUCGGAAGAGGCCAAGGAACAAAAGCGGAUCAAUCAGGAAAUCGAGAAACAGCUGCGGCGUGACAAACGAGAUGCACGCCGUGAACUUAAACUGCUCCUACUCGGCACGGGCGAGUCCGGCAAAUCAACGUUCAUCAAACAGAUGCGUAUUAUCCAUGGCAGCGGGUACUCGGACGAUGACAAGCGUGGCUACAUUAAACUGGUGUUCCAAAAUAUAUUCAUGGCCAUGCAGUCCAUGAUCAAAGCCAUGGAUAUGCUCAAAAUAUCAUAUGGUGUUGGCGAGCAUAAUGCACUCGCCGAUCUGGUGAUGAGCAUUGACUACGAAACAGUCACAACAUUUGAGGAUCCAUAUUUGAAUGCCAUAAAAACGCUGUGGUCCGAUGUUGGCAUACAGGAAUGCUACGAUCGCCGAAGAGAAUAUCAGUUGACAGAUUCCGCUAAAUACUACCUUGAAAAUAUUGAACGCAUAGGGCAGCCUGAUUAUUUGCCCAGUGAGCAGGAUAUAUUGCGAUCCCGUCAUCCAACAACUGGAAUACAAGAGUAUAGCUUUCCAUUGCUUCCACUUGUAUUUAGAAUGGUGGACGUCGGCGGUCAGCGUUCCGAGCGAAGAAAGUGGAUUCAUUGCUUUGAGAAUGUUACCUCAAUAAUAUUUUUGGUAGCGCUAUCUGAAUACGAUCAGAUCUUGUUUGAAUCUGAUAAUGAGAAUCGCAUGGAGGAAUCAAAAGCUUUAUUUAGAACUAUUAUUACAUACCCGUGGUUCCAAAAUUCAUCAGUUAUUCUAUUCCUUAACAAGAAAGAUUUGUUAGAGGAGAAAAUCAUGUAUUCGCAUUUGGUGGACUAUUUUCCUGAAUACGAUGGUCCACAGCGAGAUGCAAUAGCAGCCCGUGAAUUCAUACUGCGCAUGUUUGUAGACUUAAAUCCAGAUUCCGAAAAGAUUAUCUAUUCUCAUUUCACCUGUGCUACAGAUACUGAAAACAUAAGGUUUGUGUUUGCAGCUGUAAAGGAUACAAUUCUGCAAUCCAAUCUUAAGGAAUACAAUUUGGUCUAAACUGGAUUUGGAUCAGAAAACUAUUUUUGUGAUUUUUAUUAUACAUACAUAUAUAUACAAAAUGUAUAUGUAUGUACAUAUAUAUAUAAAUAUAUAUAUAUAUAUAAUCUUAUAUAUAUGCGUUUAUAUAUAUAAAAAUAUAUAAACAUUCAUAAUUCCUUUUUCGCAUAUUAAUAUAAAAACAAAACAAAGAAAGAAAGCAUAAAACUAAUGUUUGCCGAAGAUUAAGCAUAAAUUAGGCCCAAACACAAGUUUCUUAAAUUGUAACAUCAGCAGAUAAUUGUAGAAUUAUACUAAAACUGAUGGAAAAAGCAAAAACAAGUAUAAUAAUGACGAUAAUGCGAUCGCUAUAUACAUUUUAAUUUGUGUGGAAUUAUAAAGUAAAACAAAAAGAAAAAAAACAUCUGAUACCAAGUACGAGUAAAGUAAUAAUAAUAUUUAAAAUUCAUUAUUAUAGAACUUUUGUAAUAAAAUUGAUAGAAAAAAUGAGAAAAAAAAAACCAACAUAAGAAAACAAAUAACUAUAAUUUAAUCAAAAGCUUGAAAGGAACAACAAAUGGAAACAAUUUUUGCCGUACUGAAGCAUAAACAUUUUACUGAAACCAACAACAAAAUCUAACUUAUAAACAAAUAGUAAUUUUGCAUAAACAAUAAAUGUUAGAAGUUUCUCAUAAUCACUUAAAAAUCACAACAAAUCCUGUAAAAUUAAGAAAGAUGAAAAACAACAACAACAACAACAACAACAAAUGAAUCGCAGAUAUAAUACUGUAUUUUUUAUUAAGCUAAAAGCGUAAAUAUUGCAACUAUUGUUUACUGACAUAUUUAUAUACAAUAUACGAGCCCAUAAUAUGUGUAUAUACAUACAUUGCAUACAUACAGACAUACAUACAUGCACAGAUAACUAUGUAAUGUUUAAUUAAUGAAUUAAUUUGUAUUGCGAAAAAGAAUCAUUCAAAUGUAAAUUACAAAUCCUAAUACUAAUACACGCACACAGACACACACACAAAAAAAAAAGAAAAUGAAACGAUUAUCAACGUGAUGAUUAAGUACUAUAUAUCGUAAUAAUGAAAAAGUAAAGGAAGAAUAAACAAAAAAACAAAAAGUGAAAAACGCAUUUGCAUUGUACAAAUGACGGCCAGAUUACAUGUAACUUUAAUUAAUUAACACGUCUGUUUGUCAAACGUUUUCAUAGCUGCAGCAUAACUAUAAUUAAAGCGUCAGUAACAACAACAGCAACAGUCAUAAUCAUCAAUAUUUAAACUAAUUAAUGCCUAUAUGUUAUACAUACAUACAGAUACAUAAGAACCUACUAUCAGAUGCAGCUAAUCUUGAUGCCAUCAACAAAUUUUCCAUAAACUGAAAACAAA